CAACAGUUGGUCACAGCAGAGCCAGGAGGGAGAACACUUGUAAACACUUGGUUUAUUUUUGAGAAUCAUCUUAACUUUCGCUCCGUGUCGAGAACAUCUACCUCAAAAAUAUUUUGUUACGAUUUUUUUACAAACGAUUUUUAUGCAACUGCUGCUUCCGCCACACUUCAUUUUAUUUAACUGAACAAUCCGUAGUGAUUAACUAUCAUUACUGAGGAAACAUUGCACUGUAUUUUAUUGUUAUUUAAUUUUGCACUAGUAAUUUGGUAAAGAUGCACACGACGCAGAAGGACACGACAUAUACAAAGAUUUUUGUUGGGGGUCUACCUUAUCACACCACGGACUCCAGUCUCAGGAAAUAUUUUGAAGUGUUUGGGGAAAUCGAGGAGGCUGUAGUAAUUACUGACAGACAAACCGGCAAAUCCAGGGGUUAUGGAUUCGUGACAAUGGCAGACCGGGCCGCAGCGGAGAGGGCCUGCAAGGACCCCAACCCCAUUAUCGAUGGCAGGAAGGCCAACGUGAAUCUGGCCUACCUAGGGGCCAAACCCCGGGUGAUGCAGCCAGGCUUCUCAUUUGGAGUUCCUCAGAUCCACCCUGCAUUCAUCCAAAGGCCUUAUGGGAUCCCCGCGCACUACGUGUACCCGCAGGCCUUUGUGCAGCCCAGUGUGGUGAUCCCGCACGUUCAGCCCACUGCCGCUGCGGCCGCGGCCGCCAGCUCUCCCUACAUCGACUACACCGGCGCGGCCUACGCUCAGUACUCCGCCGCCGCCACGGCCGCCGCCGCCGCCGCGUACGAGCAGUACCCGUACGCCGCCUCGCCCGCCGCCGCCGGCUACGUGGCCACGGCCGGCUACGGCUACGCUGUCCAGCAGCCCCUGGCGGGCGCCGCCCCCGGCUCCGCCGCCGCCGCCGCCGCCUUCGGCCAGUACCAGCCCCAGCAGCUGCAGGCCGACCGCAUGCAAUAGCGUCUGCUCCACCAACCGCGCGCGAGAGGGCGGGGAGGCAGACACGCCCACCAGACACUGAGCAGAGGGAGAUGGGAUGGGGAGUGGUGGAAUAUGGGUUGGGAUGGGGGAGGGAUUAAGGUUUUAGGAGUUGGACCGGGGGAGGAGUUAACAUGAGGGAGGUGGGACAUGCAGGUGAGGCCGAUGGCUGGUGGUUGGUUGGUUGGUGAUAGUGAGGUUGUAAUUCCUUGGCUUUCCAACUUGCAGUGAUUCUACCAAAGAAGAGAAAACCUUUUUUAAAUCAGCAUAGCAGUAUGAGGAAAGAGAUUAAUAUUUACUUAUUUACCAUUUACUAUUAGUAAAUUAGUACUAUUUACUAUUAUUAUUAUUAUUAUUAUUAUUACUAUUGUUGUUUUAGUUCUAUUUAAAUUUAUUUGUAUUUAUUGAAGAAAACCUACUUAAAACUGGUAUUACAAUAGGCAAUACCUUAAUCCCACUAUUGUUACAGUGAAUAAUUUAGGAGACAGUUUCCUUUGAUGAGCAUAUAGUAGAGGUGUCCUGGAGUGUUUUCUUUCUGAAACCCCUUUAAUCAUAUUUAUUGUCAUUUUACAAAUCUUUUUGUACUGUCUUGACAAGUGCAUUUUUCCAAUGAUCAGGUAUUUUACAGUGAGUUUAAAAACCUCUGCAGAUCAGGGAAUUGUAGAAAUAAGUAUGAUGAAAAGACAGAAAGCAGUCGUUGUUUAUAUCACACAUAAGGACUACCUUUCAUCUUCCGAAUGCUGAAUGUCCCUCUCUAUUACUUUUAUCUUGACCUAUGCAAAGCAAGCAAAUAAAAGCAAAAAAGAACUAGAAGAAUUAUCGCAGGAGAGAGCUGAAGGAAGUGUUUCAGAUGUAGUCUGUACACAGGGCAUCAAACAAAGGCACCCGCAAAGACAAAAGGAUUCAGACACAAGCGAGCGUAGAAUACAAACACACAACUCCAGUUUUACGUCUCUCUCUCUCUCACACCUGCACACGCGCAUGGGAAGAGCAGCGAAGGGCACGGUUCUGUCCUUUCAGCUUUGGGUGUGCGGGAUCAGAUGGGAGCCACUCUCCGGACAAUUGGUGACGCGCACAGAGCGCUCUGGAAAGGAUGCGCUGCUCGCGCCCCUUUGAUGAGUUGUCACAUGUUAAUCCCCCUACCCCGUCCGUUUGGGAACGAAACCCCAACUGCUGGCGUCAGCAUUUUCAAUUCUGUCCCGGAUCAGGGGCUGGAGACGGAGCAGGAGCACCUCCAGCCACAACAGAGACCUUUUCAGUCUGUGAGUCGAACCUGUCCAUUGGUCCGUUUGAGUAUUAUUUUCCUCACUGAAACACAGGGGAAUGGAUCGAACUGGUGGACAGAGAGAGAGGGAGGCAAUGUGAAGCUUUGAUUAGUAUGUGGUUCUUAUCGUGCCUUAUAAUAUUUGUAAAGCUAUUUAAGAUAACAGAUAUUUAUUUUGAAAGUUUGACUAUGUUGAGCACUAAGGAAAGGGACUUAGUGACGGUACUGUAUAAAUUAAAAUGAUGUUUUCAUCUCAUGGCAUAUAAGUUAUUAAGUAGAUUUUAGUUUGUAGCAUUAACAUAAUCAACCAAAAAUGAUGACUAGGAUUUAUUUAAGAUACAAAUCUGUAUGUGCACUGUACAAAUAUAUAUUUUUUUCCUUUUUGAAUUUUAGAAUAUGACAUUAAAUAUUUUUUAGUUUAUUGCCUUUUCUAUGAAACAUUUUAAGUGCAGACCUGUUCUUUAUUAGACGGGGAACAGCAUUGCAGCAGCAGCGACUGAGCGAAAUGCUGCUUCAUAAAUUAGAAUGUAUCGUCUUUGCCUAGUUUGGAUAGCUGUGCUUUUACUGUAAUUUUCAUCAGAUGAACUAUUUUACACUAUUGGGAAUUUUUUAUACUUGAACUAUUUCUUACAAGGGAAAAUAUGAAAAAAAAACAUGACAUAACUUUUUAAGAAAGAUUUUCAUUGUCACUGGAUUAUGUUAUGUAAAGUGUUUGGACAAAUGGUGAGAAAGAUGUGUUAUUUGCUAUUUAAAUGCAAAGGUCCUGUCGAUUUUAAUAUGUAAGAUUUAAGAAUUUCAAAUCUGUGUACUCUAAGCAAUAAAAUAAAGUUAUAAAUCUA